GAAGCAUUUGUUUUUAUUUUUCAUAGUAGAGUGGUGUUUUUUAUUAUUUCAUUGUACAAAAUUUAAUUUUCAAUUGAAAAUAAACUGAAAUAAAAUGGUUUUGUGUAAAUUUUUCCAACAAGGUAACUGUCGCUUCGGCUCCAAGUGUGUCAAUGAACACUUUGAUGUUAAACAGGUUAUUAAAACCGAUGUAGAAGCUGCGAUUAAUGGCAAACAAUGGCCCUUAUCCACUUACGGGCCUUUCAAGGACAAACCAUCCAUACCCAAUUUCAUAGAGGAUCAAUCAUUUGAAGAAGUACGGAUGUUGUGUUACGAGGCUAAACAAAAGAAUUUCUUUGAUCAAUUUCAUCAACAAUUCAACAAGGAGGCUUUAGAGGCCAGUAAUAAAAUGAAGGCUCUGCUGCAAAUGACACCAGAAAUUAUAGAUGUUGCUAUUAGUGUAUACGAUAUGGCAUCGGAUACGAGUUGCAGUGGUGCUACAGCGGCAAAGACAAGUAAUAACAAUACGAACAAUCCAUUUGGCAUGACAAAUGCUGCUAGCACAAACGCUGGUUCUAUAUUUGCUAAAUCUAAUACAAAUACCAGCAAUAACUUAUUUGGCAAUAAUGGGGGAUUCGCAGCCUCUAAUCAGUCCACAAACAAUUUAUUUGGUCAAACUUCCGGUUUUCCAACACAGCAACAACAAGCGCAGCAGCAGAACUCAAUAUUUGGUCAAGCUUCUAAACCUGCCAAUUCUAUAUUUGGAGGUGGCACUAACACAAAUGCGCAGCAAAAACCUUCAAUAUUUGGACAACAACAGGCUCAGACAAAUAUAUUCGCUAACACAGGCCAGCAGCAGCAACAGACCUCAACUGGAAUAUUUGGACAGCAAAAUCAAUUUGCACCACAACAAAAUCAACCAAAUGCCAAUAUUUUUAGACAGGCAGCACAGCCACCUCAAGGUCUUUUUGCACAAGCAGCUCAAACCAUGCCACCUCAACAACCCCCACAACAACAAGGUUUAUUUGCCCAGGCAGCACAACAAACUAUGGGUCAGGUUGCAGCACCAGGACAAGGUCUAUUUGCACAAGCUGCCCAACAAACACAAAAUAUAUUUGGACAAGCCAUGCAACAGCAGCAGCAGCAGCAACAACAGCCGACUAACACAAAUAUCUUUCAACAAAAUCAAGCAAACCCAAAUAUAUUUCAACAAUCUCAACAAAAUACGGCACCACAGCAACAGCAACAAGUUGCGCCGUCUCAUCCCUCCUCUGGCCUCUUUCAACAAGCUGCACUACAGACACCAAACAAUGUCAGUUCAACUUUAUACAGUCGCUUAGAAGAUCUAACUCCCGACGAAAUAGAAGCUUUUAAAGCUGAUUGUUUUCUACCGGGAAAAAUACCAUUUAAUCCACCACCUAGAGAAUUAAUUCAUUAAAAUAAAAUCAUUGUAAUAAUGCUAAUAAAAUGUGUAUUUAAAAAAAA